AUGCACUGUGCGACAUAUUCAGGCAUGCGUGUGUUGUUGCAGUGCAUCGAUUGUGGCUCCGGACAAGCUUGUGAUGGCAUGCACGCUACUGGUCCUUGCUCUGAGGGGUUCCUCUGCCUCUCAGGGGUGGGGCCAACCAAGUCUCCCAGCCUCUGGCAGGAUCUGUAUUUGCCUUCCGCUAUACAGAUGGGUGGCCCCUGCCCUAUAGGUCACUUCUGUCAGGAGGGGGUUUCGCUCCCAACAGCUUGUCAAAGAGGCACAUCCACAAUAGCAGAGGGUAGCCGCAGUGCACAGGACUGCGUGCAAUGCAGCGCUGGUUUUUACUGUAGCCUGAAUUCGUCAGAAGUGCUCGAAUGCCCGGCUGGCCACUAUUGUGCCCCAGGGAGCAUAGAUCCCAUUCCCUGUGCAUCGGGCACCUAUAAUCUAUCGCCACAAGCUUCUUCUGCUGAUGAAUGUUUGAAGUGCCCUGCUGGCUACGUUUGUACGACAGCAACAAUAGACUACUCACAGUGGCCAUGCCAUGUGGGCUACUAUUGCCCAGAAGGUUCUGCAUUGCCACUACCGUGUGCACCAGGCACAUAUGGUGCUAUCAGCAAAGCUGAGUCUUCCGAGGACUGCAAGGAUUGCCCAGCAGGCAAGCUGUAUAUGCGAAGUACUGCGUUCAUGUGGCACUGCACUCGUCUGGGCUCACCACCACCGUUGCCUGGUUGUCAGUGCCUUUACUCAUGGUAUUCAGGGUACAUCUGCAUAGGAGGUGACGCGCCUCCUUCUCCUUGCCCCGCUGGAGGAUUCUGUGAACAGGGAUGUGCAGAAGCCACCCUGUGCCCGGCUGGACGUUAUUGCCCUGGAGCCACAGAUGUGCCGCUAAUGUGCCCCAAUGGUUACCACUGUCCUGAAGGCUCCAUGCACCCUUUAUCGUGCCCUGAGGAGGCCAUCUGUCCGGCUGGGACUGGCGAACCAAUCAUAUGCCCUGCAGGCAGCUACAGAACUACCUCGGCCCACUGCAUUCAAACACCUUCUACCGAGACCUGUUGUGUGGCCUGCCCUCCAGGAACAUACGCCCCCUAUUCAGGAGCUUCAUCCUGCGAUCCAUGUCCUGCUGGAUACCUUUGUUACGGGGGUACCUCCAUGAGUACCCCUCAACUUCCAGAAACGGACAGGGGAGAGCCUUGCCCUGCGGGGCAUUACUGUCCUUCUGGGAGUUCCAUCGCUCAGCCAUGCCCUGCUGGAACCUUCAAUGACCAAGAGGCACGUGGCAAUCUUCUUGAAGCCUGCAAAGCAUGUGAUCCCGACACGUAUUCUAAUAGCUCUGGCCAAACAGGUUGUUUUGCAUGCGGCCCAACAUCAAUUGCCGACGCAGGGCAAACCACAUGUACAUGCAUGGGUGCCCACCGGUGGUUCCAACCCAGUCAAGGUUCAUGCAUUUGCAAGGGCGGCUUUGAGAGUUAUGACACGACGGGAGCGUCAAUGUCCAAUAUUGAUUCUGUACUAGACUGCCAACCUAUUGUAAAGGACAACUGUAGCGGGACUCAGCUCCAGCUGCUCUCUACUCCUGCCACACAGCUUCGCGCUAGCGAUGGCGUUUGUAGGGAUCCGUCAGAAUGUGAAAAAGAGUGCCCCAGCGGUAAAGGAACCUUCCUAGCCCUGUCAGGGCAGUGUUUUUGCCUGCCUCUUAGAAACAGCGAUUCAGUUUGCGAUGCCGAUUGCAAGCACCAAGUACUCCGGGCUCACUACAAGGAUUCCGCCUUGAUAUUUAGUACCGAGGAAGAUGGCAUCGUCGGUCGAAUAACGAUUUCUGAGUUCGCGGGAAAUGGGAGGGUACUGGGAAAGAUUAGAUGCUUGGAGGCCAGCUACAGCGAAUGUGCAGUCCACUUCUAUGAAGCGACAAAGGAUGGUGUUUGGGGGCACCUUGGUGUCCCUCAAAGUUUUCAAGAAGAAUAUGGACCUUUUACGGAGCCAACAAAAUCAAUACAACGCCGAUCCUACUUGUCCAGACAUUUCCGUGUCUCAAACUCCACUUCAGCAAUACAUUCCCCGGUGCAGUGUUUGCAGUUGUAUGACACUGUUGCAUGGUGGGUGGGCGAUGGGGUCUAUCCCGUCUUUUUAAAAGAUUCUCUUCUAAACACCAAUGCUCCAGUGGAUAUAUCACCGUUUUUACAACUAGAAUCUCAAAUUCGUUCUCAACAGGAUGCCAGGGGCGCUAACAAGAGUACAUUCACAGGGUCCAGCUUGCAGUAUUUUGUAUACACAUUUACUAUGGAGGGAAUUUUUGCCUUCGGAACUAGCGAAGACAACGCGCCACAGGCUAUAUUCUCAGUCGUCGGCAUGGGCAUGCACUGUCCUUUGGACACACGGUCAGCCAAAAGCCUGCCUGCUUUCCAUGCAUCGUAGGCGCAGUACCCCGAGGCAGCAUCCCCUUCGUCGCUUGCACGCCUCGGAGUGCAGCUGCAGCAGGUGAAUGUAGAGCCAGACAUGACUAUACUAUUGCUGACGCUUUCCUGUUUACUGGCUAUUCUGGUCGUUAUGUUGGUGUCCAUUUCGGCUGCAAGACGGCGUCAGUAUCGGAAACGGCAGAAGAUGCACCGGAAAGACGUUAACGAGCGUCAUGAUCUUGUUCUAGGAAGCACGAGAGCGACAACAAGAAUGCGAAGAAGGCUAGAGUCAUUACUCGCAGAUUUGAUUGAACAGAGGAUCUAUACACAAGAAAAUUGCACAGUGCUUGCAUUGGGCCCUGAGCAGAUCGAGCCUAUGCUGGGUCAUAUUCCUCGGGGGAAUCCUCAACCACAAGCCUUUGAAAAAGCCUUUGGAGCAUUACACAACCUCGAGCGCAAGCUCAAGUCAUUUUCUUCUAAUGCAUCGCGACAGUUCCAGCAAACAGCACAAAUCGUGGCGGUGGAACUUAGUGAACUAAAAAAGGAAAUACUAGGUGCCCUAGAACCCAUCGAGCAGAGGUUACAGCACCGCGGCAAGCUUCAUGCGCACAUGGGCCCUACGCUGGAGAGCAUCAGUCGUCUUUUAGGCGAUUUGAGAUCGCCAGACUUGCUUAUGAAUGCAAUAGCCCGUGGAAGAGAGGAAGAGGGGCCUGACAUGGAGGAGUCUGCUCUAAUUGCAAAGUUUGUCCUCACCCCUACUAGCAUCGGCGUGCCUGCAACCUUCCACGUCCGCCUGCUUCAUGCUGCAUUAUAUGGCUUGCGCCUCACCAUGAAAAAGUCGGAUUGCUUCCACAUUUUUGCGGAGACUAUUCGAAUGUUCAAUAAAUGGACCGCUGAACUGACAGCUAAAAAUCGGCAUACCGAAGGGGGGAUAAAUGCACUUUCCGAAGAAAAGAAGCAGUUGAUGCGGAGCGGCUACGACCUACUGACAGAAGGGCGGACCAUUGUUUCCGUUGCCAGGGAUGCUGAAGAGAGCAUCAGAGGUCGUUUCGUGGAUGGCACGAGGCGCGAGGAGGAGAUGCAGCAAACGUCCAUUAAACAGCUUGCUGAAAUUUUGUUCUCAGUGAUAACUACAGCAAUCAAAAACCUUGUGGAGCAAGAAGAUGCACUUCUGCAAUUGCAUCUAAGCCAGUUGACUGGGCUGGUGUAUGCUGGAAACAGUUCUUCUAACGGAAGUCAAUGCAAUGAGCAGAAUGCCUCCAUCGCAGUCCAGACUUACGGCAAAGCUUGCAGAGCGCACUUUAUGCAAUCCAUGAAGGCAGCAACUGAAAUAAUACAGAAGCAGUUUGGUAAGGUUCAUUUAGGAGAGGUCAUGGGGAAAGACCGAGAAGCGGCACAAGCACUUGAGCUACAGCAAACGACCCUAGUUACCCUCCUACUAAAACAGAAGGCUCGUGUAGACGAAGAGUACCUGGAAAAAAUUCACCGUCUGGAACGCCACCUGAUGCUCAUUUCCAUACAGCUCUUAAUAUACAAUAAAAAAGCACUUGAAGAAGAAGCCUUCGAGGUAUUUCAUGCCACUGUUCCUAUUUCACCGUUUCGAACAGAGGCUCAAAUACUCCAACGGCAGGCUAAGGCCGGUGAAAUUGACGCGUCGGAAUACAGACAAAGAAAGGCUUCCAUGACCUCUUUGCUCGACCUUGAAAUUCAACGGCUCACAAGAGAACAGUUUGCCAACAAAGUGGCUCGCAUUGAACGCUUCGAACAAGAAGCAAUGCGCGCAUACCAACAAAUAAUGGAGGCAACACACAAACGUCAAAAGCUCGAAGCUGACUUGCAGCAAGCAGAGGCAGAUGCGUUGGCCAGCUUGGUGCACAGAAAACUUAAGCAUUCCUGGAGAACUGCUGCAGUUGAAAGAGAACUUAUGUGUAGUUCUGUGGCUGCGUCGUGGUCACGUACUGUUGCAAACCAGGAAAGGCUGUUUGGAAUGGAAACAGACGUUCAGGAGUGUUUCGCCUUGGCACACCUGCGCAUAAGAGACGCCGACGGAGGCUCUACAGGACUCCCGCAAAUCCUACACGAACAACAACAGCAAACUGAGUGCACUGUUGAAGAUAUGAUAUGCAAGGUGCGAGAGCAACAGGCCAGACAUACGGCGGAUAACGUGGCCAAAAUGGACACAUUGAAUCAAGAAUAUGAUGAAGAGAUGAAAGAAGCACUGGAAGCAGUAAACGCUACGCUUGCAGAGCGGCGUGAGGCUCUUUUGAAAGCCUUAUUGCACGAGGCUGGUAUUGAUGCGGAGGCACAUGACAAGCUACAAACCAUUGGAGAGGAAGAUGCAGUACAUGGUGCUGCAAGCUGCCUAGAGGCUGCAGCCAAGCAGUUCUACCAGGAUGCUGUUGCAGAGGAGAAGGAACGUUCUGAGGUGGAGGCUUUUGCCAGAGUCGAUGGAGAUAUCCAGCUCCAUCAAUUUAAGCAGGAAGCUGAAGAGCGCUUGGUCAUGCUAAAGUCAGCAAUCGACGAGGAGCUCCAGCGCCGCUCAGAUGCACUUUCGUCCACCUUCGUGCAGCACCAAGAUGCUUGCAGGACAGCACGCCAAACGAUUUUAGAAGCUUAUCACCAGAUAAUUGAAAAUCGCAAUCUAAGUGAAGUUUGGGUUCAAGAGACACUAGAUAUGAUUUGGCCAGUAGCUGCAUUUCCCCGUCCUGACCAUGAAGUGCACAGAAGCAUGCAAUCUGCCUUUUCAUACUUCCGCACUGACUGGGAAGAAGUGCUCCUGAUAUGGCAGUCAGGCCAACUCCAGGAGCGUCUUGAAGCUACUGGAAUUCAGGACAACAGGUUGCUGCAGUCAAGAGCAUCUGACUGGGCAGCCGCCUUUGCGUCUUCUCAUUCAAAGAAUCCCGAUGAGUCUCAGUUGCAGCUAAGCUUAAGGUCCUUCUCUGCCCUACGUUCUCAGACGAAAGGAGGUGUUGAAGGUAGUAUACAUACAGCGAGACCUGUUGAACCGCAGCAAUCACGUGUCAACGCAGAGUACUUAGCGAAGAACAAAGCUCUGUUGGACAAGAUUGCAGAGGCACAGACAAAUCUAGCUCUUGCUGAGGCUGUGAUGCUCGAAAAAUGUCUCGGUUUUCAAGGUGGAGGCCCAGCUAAGAAUGCCGAGGCCGCCAAAAUGAAGCGCACGGAAAUAGCACGUCUCGCACACCUAAAAGAGGGACUUCAGAGUGAAGCAGCAGAGAUCCGAAAGAAGUUCAUCGAGGAAGAGUUAAGGAUACUGGAAGAAGACAGAGAGGAAGAGGCACGGCUCAACCGGGCCAAACAAACAGAAUCUGCAAAAAUUGAAAUGCUUUUUAGAGUAAAAGAAGCCAGCGAGGAAGGCUCUGAGGCGCUUGCACAGCUAAAACAGCAACGGGAGCAGGCCCUUGCAGAAAUGCUCAAAGACAUGCAGGCUGUGCGCGAGACUCAAAAAGCCAGCAGCCAGAGCCGCCUAGCUGAAGCAAAGGCAGCGCUAAAAAUGAAGCAAGAAUACAUUUGCGAGCACUUCGAGGCAAGCAAGCAGGAGAUCUUCAAGGAGUUUCAAGACAUGAGCAGACUUCUUGCAGAGAAGGCGAGACAGAACAGGAAUUCUGCGCUGCUGGAAAUAGCACGGAAGGAUCCAACUCCCGACAAUGUCUUUGAGCUUUACAACAAUAUGAAGGCAGAGCACCGCAACAAUGUCAAAGCCCUGAUAAUUAGGCAAAUGCAAGAAAAGGCAAAGUAUAGACAUACCGCCGCAAUGGAGCGAAAAUCCCAAGAAAUUCAACAGGCAGAUGAAGAAGAGCCGUGCGUGUAAAAAUCAGCAAAAUUAAUGCAAUGUACAUCUGUAAGGCGUGAUACGUGUUGCAGCCUACCUGCGGCUACGAAUUUGAGCAACUCGGACAGGCAUGGAGAAUUGGAAGCCUACACACGGCAGCGGACUGCACAGCUGCACCAGGAGAAGCUUCAAGAUAUUCAAGGGGCCGCCCAAGACGCAGCACUUCAAGACGAGAUAUUAAGAUUGCACGAGCAGCACCUUGACCAUGUUAUUAAUACGCUCCAAGAAUUUAUAAACUUUAAGGAUUCACCAGCAAGUAGCUUACUUGAAAAUGCUAGAAAGGAAAAGGGAAGGCUGGUAAAGGAGCGCGAAGAACUGCGUUUAUUUGUUACUGCACGGCUCCAAGAGGUGGAAAAGCUGUCUCGCGAGAGCAAGAAGCAAGAAGAAAAGAAGAAUCAACACGAGAUCCGUGGCGCCUACAAGCAACUUAAUGCUAAUAUCGAGAAUCGAAAUUCGGCAGCUCAGAAACGCUGUCUAGAAAGAGAAUCCAUGAGACAGAGCGAACAGCAAAUGGAAGAAGCGCGCAAGCUGCACCAUUUUAUUGGAAUGAUCGGAUUCGAUGGCACGACUCUCGAAGAGCUCAAGAAGGCCUCAAAACGCCGUAUGGAAAAGCUGCAUCGCGCGACAGAACGCGAGCGUCAAAGGCAGAAAGGGCUCUUGGCAUCUAAAUGUAGCGCAAGGGCUGCUAGGCGAGCGAAAACUCUCCAAAGCACCGCACAGGCAAACAGGGAUCAAAUGGAUAUGCAGAAUGCACAAGGCAUGCUGCUGUCGAUUGCGGCUAAAUGCACAGCCACGAUUGGUGAAGCUUCAGAUCCUGAUGCUGCUGGAGAAAGGGAGUUCCGAAAGUUUGCAUGGAAGAUGGAGGUUAAAAAAUUCGCUGAGGAGAGAUUUAAAAGAUUGGGUGAAGCUCUUGCAGAGUUUCUUGAGAAAGCUGAGAGCGCCACCUCAUCCGCGAGAAGAGAGGUGUCACCUGACAUCCUGGGUGGUGGAGAGCUCAAGCAAUCCGUGUUUCAGGUAACAAGGCUUUUGGAAGCCAUUAACGCGGUGCACAUGGCUUCAGAGAGUUAG